AUGGAUUUCCUAAGAAUAGCGACCUACUGCUUCCUCAUUUCUUACCUGAUCUUCUGCCACAUUGUAUGGAAUGGGUGCUACAAUAUCUACUCCAGCACGGAAGACGAAGUGUAUAAUAUGCUGUAUUAUCGGAAGAGAGAGAAAAGGCCAGUCAAGUUAGAAAUAAGAAAUAAACUCACAGUAGACAAUGUGAAAAAGGUUUAUGUGAAGAAGGCUCCCUGCCCCGUUCUACCCAGGCCAAUUAAGUCGUUAUUCCAUCUCAACUGGUUUAGGAAAUCCUCCGACUUAGUACCCAUAAGCAUUCAUCUAUAUUCUAUGUUUGAUGAGAAGAAUAAUUUUCUUGGAUUUAUUUUACUUUCCUCGGCGAUUUUUACCAUUCUGGAGUGGAUGUACAUAGUAUACCUGGCCAGCAUGCUCCUAUGGGACGGAAUUAUCAAGCCCAUUUUCAAACUUGUAUACCUAGCAAUCUCAGUCUACUUAAUUUUACGCUUCACAGUUAUUUUCCUUCCAUACACAAAGUCUUUUAUGUCCCAAGAAAACUACAAACACAUAUCGAGUUAUGUCUUUAAUUUUUACAACAUCAUUAUGAAGAUAUCCAAGGAGGUGAGCACAUUCAUCAACAGGGUGAUGCAGGAAAAUGGGACCAUAAACAAGGAGCUUUAA